AUGGGCAACUGCUGCGUGACGCCGAACGGAGCCGCCGACGCCGGCGGCGGCAAGAAGCACAAGGAGCCCAAGGAGCCGAAGCAGAAGAAGGGCAAGAAGCCCAACCCCUUCUCGAUCGAGUACAACCGCGCGGCGCCAGCGAGCGCGCCCAGGCUGGUGGUGCUGCGGGAGCCCACGGGGCGGGACAUCGCGGCGCGGUACGAGCUCGGCGCGGAGCUCGGGCGCGGCGAGUUCGGGGUCACCUACCUCUGCACGGACCGCGCCUCAGGGGAGGCGCUGGCCUGCAAGUCCAUCUCCAAGAAGAAGCUCCGCACCCCCGUCGACAUCGAGGACGUGCGCCGGGAGGUGGAGAUCAUGCGCCACCUCCCCAAGCACCCCAACGUCGUCACGCUCAGGGACACCUACGAGGACGACAAUGCCGUGCACCUCGUCAUGGAGCUCUGCGAGGGCGGGGAGCUCUUCGACCGCAUCGUGGCGCGGGGGCACUACACCGAGCGCGCUGCCGCCUUGGUCACACGCACUAUCGUCGAGGUCGUGCAGAUGUGCCAUAAGCAUGGAGUGAUGCACAGGGAUCUCAAACCAGAAAAUUUCUUGUUUGCGAACAAGAAAGAAUCAGCGGCCCUUAAGGCCAUUGAUUUUGGCCUAUCUGUAUUUUUCACGCCAGGCGAACGGUUUACUGAGAUUGUUGGAAGUCCUUAUUACAUGGCUCCAGAGGUGCUAAAGAGAAAUUAUGGCCCAGAGGUUGAUGUUUGGAGUGCAGGAGUGAUUCUGUACAUUCUUCUUUGUGGUGUCCCUCCAUUCUGGGCAGAAACGGAACAGGGUGUUGCUCAGGCAAUUAUCCGAUCUGCCAUUGAUUUCAAGAGAGAUCCAUGGCCAAGGGUGUCUGACAACGCCAAAGACCUUGUCAGAGGAAUGCUCAAUCCAGAUCCGAAACGACGAUUGACAGCUCAGCAAGUGCUUGAUCACCCAUGGUUACAGAACAUUAAGAAGGCUCCAAAUGUCAAUUUGGGUGAAACUGUUAAGGCCAGACUCCAACAAUUCUCUGUGAUGAACAAGUUCAAGAAGAAUGCACUUAGGGUCAUAGCUGAGCAUCUUUCGGUAGAAGAGGCUGCUGACAUAAAGGAUAUGUUUGAGAAGAUGGAUCUUAACAAGGAUCAAAUGCUUAGUUUCGAUGAGCUGAAGCUUGGUCUGCAUAAGUUUGGUCACCAAAUGCCUGAUGCAGAUGUUCAAAUACUAAUGGAAGCUGCGGAUGCUGAUGGAAAUGGGUCCUUGGAUUAUGGAGAAUUUGUUACAUUAUCUGUUCAUCUAAGAAAAAUUGGAAAUGAUGAGCAUCUGCAUAAGGCAUUUGCAUACUUUGACCGGAACCAGAGUGGUUAUAUUGAAAUCGAUGAACUCCGUGAGUCAUUAGCUGAUGACCUUGGACAAAAUCAUGAAGAGGUUAUCAAUGCCAUUAUCCGUGAUGUAGACACCGAUAAGGAUGGCAAGAUAAGCUACGAUGAGUUUGCGGCGAUGAUGAAGGCCGGAACAGACUGGAGGAAAGCAUCGAGACAGUAUUCGAGAGAGCGGUUCACCAGCCUGAGCCUUAAGCUGCAAAAGGAUGGAUCGUUGCAGAUGACGACAUAUGUACGGUUGCAAACGGCGCGGCGGCGGUCAGCCCGCCCCGCGUCCGCAGCAGCCGCGAGGGAAUUUGCGGCGGCCCGCAUAACGCCGCUUGCUUUUGCGGGCUUCGCGGCAGCCCGCGUAGCGCCGGCGCCGCAUACCUCGCGAGUCGCCCACCUGCUGAACGUCCGCCCGGGCUCCUGCCGCAUCCUCGUCGCCCUCACCGCCGCCAAGGUCCUGGGCGCGCUCGCCACCUCCGCCGCCGCCGUCUCCCUCCCGAUCCUGUUCCCGCGCCUGCUCCGUCUCAAGGUCCGCGAGUCCUUCCUCCGCACCAAGGGGCGCCAGCUCGGCCGCGACCUCGCCACCGGCGUAUCUGUUGGAAAUGCUCAGCUGCUAGCUUUUCCUGGUAGAUCAUCAAGUCUUAAGAGCACCCGGUUUCAUAUUAAGACGAAUCAUUUUCCUGCAAGAGCUCUACGUGUUGGUACUGAUUCUAUUCAUCAUGGCAUGCCUACAUCAUUCCCAAGGGAGAAUUCUGUCAGGGGCAUCCCAUCACUAUCAAGACAGCACAAUCAGCAUCCAAGGACCGUUAGUUGUCGGGCAUCCUCACUGGCAUCUUUCAGCUACCCUGAGCUGACAUCCAAACCCAGAUGGUGGUGGAGAACUCUAGCUUGUGUGCCGUACUUGCUGCCACUGCACAACAUGUGGUCUUAUGCUGACGUGAUCUACCAGCUGCACACUUACUUGCAGGGGUUUUCGCUGUUGUACACCUUCAUCGAUACCAUGACUCUGUGUCCUGGGUGGCUCUUUCUGGUGAUAUUUAUGACAGUGUACUUCUUCGUUGUGAGGCGGAAGUGGUCGCCGCACUUUCUGAGGUUCCAUGUGAUCCUAGCAAUUCUUCUGGACACUGGCUCCCAAGCAGUGGCCACCAUGUGUACCUGGAUGCCAAGCAUCGUUUAUCAGGGGAAGCCAAUGCAGUACUUCUGGAUGUCUAUCGCGUUCAUACAGAUCUUCACAGUGCUCGAGUGUUUGCGGUGUGCCCUUUGUGGAAUGUAUCCUGAUGUUCCAUUCAUAUCCCACACUGCUUUCAUUCACUCUGAUCUGAAUCUGUUCAGAUAG